AUGGUUUGCCAGUUACCGUAUUUUGGCAAAUGCUGCUUUUGCAUGCCCUUAAGAAAGGGCGUUUUGGCAUUUGGAUACUUAAACAUAAUCUUCUCUAUGUACAUAUUAGGGAUAUGCAGCUAUGCGAUACACUAUGACUUCGAUAUUGUACUGCUGUACCGCGACGCGCCGACCAGAGCUGAGGCUGACAUGUGUAUUGCCAUAAAUUGUGUUGACAUUUUGUUCAACUUACUGCUGGUUUAUGGAGCUCAUAAGCAAAACGUAAUUUGUCUUAAGAUUUUCUACUACUACAUUAUUUCUACGACUGUAGCGUUAGUUAUAGUGGAGCUUGUAACUGUGAUAGCCUUGGAAUCUACCUACGAAUUAGAACUAACUAUUUUCUUUUUAAUAGAACAAUGCAUCAAUAUUUAUCUACUACUCUUAGUGCGGAGUCUUUUGCACAAGAUGGAUAAGUUAGGACGCGCCUACGAAAACCAGCUUCAACAGAUGAUCGACGGAGAGUUGAAGGAUGAAGGGAGUGAAACAAAUCCCAGCACGGUUUUACCUAUUGAAAGUGCC